ACAAAUUUCACCAGAUACUCAAGGUUCAUCAAGAGCCACCCUAAAAGUUGGCAUUAAAAGGAGUGAAAAAACCAACAGAGCUCCUGCCCUCUGUGGAACUUCAGAUCUACAUAGACCAAAAGCAGGAGCCUGAAAAGGACAUUCAGCUACAGACACAUUGUGUUUGACCAACACGUUUUUAAUUUUUUUUUUUACCUGCCGAUGUAUGAAGAUAAUGGGAGACUUAAAGCAAAAGUUCGUUUUUAAAAAUCCGAAUAUUUGGCAGUGCUGGCAUUUCCACCAGGCAGGGCAAAGAGGAACUGGGCAGAGGCUGUUCCCUCUGCGUCCCGGACUAAAACCGCUCUCUCCCUGCAGGCACUCUGGGGUCAAAAGCAACCUGUGUGAAGGCUUUCCCUGGCACAAGCGCGGUUACUCCGCUAGUUUUCUGGACCUCUUUUGAGCAAAGAUGAAUAUUUCUGCAAGGAUAUUGUAACUGGAGGGUCCAGGUCAGGACAGACUUGAUCAUGGGAGCCAACACUUCAAGCAAACAACCAGUAUUUGAUGAAAAUGAGGAUGUCAACUUUGACCACUUUGAAAUUUUGCGAGCCAUCGGAAAAGGCAGUUUUGGGAAGGUCUGCAUCGUACAGAAGAAUGAUACCAAAAAGAUGUACGCCAUGAAGUACAUGAAUAAACAAAAGUGCGUGGAGCGCAACGAGGUGAGGAAUGUCUUCAAGGAGCUCCAGAUCAUGCAGGGCCUGGAGCACCCUUUCCUGGUGAAUCUGUGGUAUUCCUUCCAAGAUGAAGAAGACAUGUUCAUGGUGGUGGACCUCCUGCUCGGUGGAGACCUGCGUUAUCACCUGCAGCAGAACGUCCACUUCCAGGAGGACACGGUGAAGCUCUUCAUCUGUGAGCUGGCCAUGGCCCUGGACUACCUGCAGAGCCAGCGCAUUAUUCACAGGGAUAUGAAGCCUGACAAUAUUUUACUGGAUGAACAUGGGCAUGUACACAUCACAGAUUUCAACAUCGCAGCCAUGCUGCCCAAGGAGAUGAGGAUCACCACCGUGGCGGGCACCAAGCCUUACAUGGCACCUGAGAUGUUCAGUUCCAAAAAGGAAACAGGCUAUUCCUUUGCUGUUGACUGGUGGUCCCUGGGAGUGACAGCAUACGAGCUGCUACGAGGCCGGAGGCCGUAUCACAUCCGCUCCAGUACUUCCAGUAAGGAAAUUGUGCACAUGUUUGAGAGUGCUAUUGUGACUUACCCUUCGGCCUGGUCACAGGAAAUGGUGUCACUUCUUAAAAAGCUACUUGAACCUAAUCCGGAACAGCGGUUUUCUUGCUUGAAUGACAUUCAGAGCUUCCCAUACAUGAAUGAUAUGAACUGGGAUGCAGUUUUUGAGAAGAGGCUCAUUCCAGGUUUUGUUCCUAAUAAAGGCAGGCUGAAUUGUGACCCUACCUUUGAACUCGAAGAGAUGAUUUUGGAAUCCAAACCUCUUCAUAAGAAAAAGAAGCGCUUGGCAAAGAAGGAGAAGGAGAUGAGGAAAUGUGAUUCGUCUCAGAUGGGUCUUCUUCAAGAACAUCUUGAAUCUGUCCAGAAGGAAUUUAUAAUUUUCAACCGAGAAAAAGUAAAAAGAGACUUGAAUGAAAGAAAAGCAAAUCUAGCCUUGGAACAAACCAAAAACCCACAAGAAGAAGACAGCCACAAUAACAACUUGUAAACACCUCAGCGUAUUCUCUGACAUCUCUUGACACUUCAGGCCAGAAACUUGUGCUUGUCCACACCAAGAAGAACUGAAAGCAAUUCUUACCAGUCCACACCUCACACUUAGAAAUGUGGAGCAUCCUCCGAAGGAUGCAGCGUGAUCCAGUGAAGGGACCCUGGGCCUGAGCUCCUGGGAUGUAAUUUCACCACUAAUUAACUAUAUGAUGUCAAGCGAGUCAUUUAAUCCCCUUUUCUGCAUCAGUUUAUUCAUCCGGAAGGAGAUCAUAUGAGCUGAGCUGUACCUUGCCUUUUUACUUCUACAGUUGCUACUCUACAUGGCCUUUGUAUUUUAAAAAGAAAUAUUUGGAUGUAGAUUUAUUUUUCCAUUCCUUCUCAUUACACUGUGAUGAAUGGACAUUGGACACAGUAAGCCUCUUCAGAGCUAGAAAACGUCAUAAACAGGUCAGAAUUCCAAAGCCCGGUAAGGUAGGAAUGAAUAGUUUCAUUGGAAAGAAAAGCAUAAGGUCAGAUUAGAAGUAGCAUGGAUUUAUAUGCCCUUCAGUGCUGGGCCAGGGACCUUCUCCAGUGGGGUGAUACUGUUAACUUGACCUGGGUGAUAAUAACAGGACUCCUAACAUGGAAACCAGCAAAUGCUACAGAUCAGGGCAACUUUUUUUUUUUUUUCUUCCUGGGAGCUAAUUGUUAAUAUCAGCACGCGACUUGCUUCCCUCCAGUGUGUGUGACCAUUGAGGGUGGAGUGUCUUCUGAGAAUUAGCAGAGAUCUGGAUCUGGAGAGGAUUGUGAGACACUGCCCCACUGACAACAAGUUGACUCCCUAGUUCAGGGAAAUUGCCCGUUAAAAUUUUAUUAUGUUGAAGGUUAGAAGUGAAUUUGCCAAAAGGUAAAACUAACCCUUGGAAAAUCCCUCAGUUAAUUGUAGCAUGUAGGAAGUAGCUUUUCCACAAAGCCUCGCACAGGGAGUUGCUCUUCCAUAAGGAAAGAAGGCACUGCUUUUCUUUUAUUCUUUUUUAUUACAUUUUUGGUAAUAUUGCAAACUAGAAUGCUGAGCAAGCCAUCCCUGUCUUUGUGGAACAGAAGUACACUUAGAGCACAGGGUGCUCACAUGUCUGUGGAGUCAAGUUCAGAGUUUAGACUUAAACUCUAGACCUAGAAGGGUACAGUGCUACCAUGUUUCCUUUCUUCGUGCUUACUGCAAGAAUGGCAGGCAGAAUUGCCCAUUUAAAAUAUUACUUUUUUCCUUUGCAUUGCA